GUCUUGGAGCGCCGCUAGGCUGCCAGAGCAAAGAGUCACCUGCUUCUGAGCGGUCGUGACUGGCAACUCGCUGGCUCGCUCCUUCGCCGCCGCGGAAGCUGUAGCGGCCGCUUCCCCGAGCCUCCAACUUCUUCGGCUUUCCCCCUUACUCGCUGGAAAGUUCCGGACCUGCCGUAGUUCUACUUCGGCGAAGGAGUGCGCUUUCACCCUUCCUUCCUCGCCUUCGGGGGGAGCAGCGGCCGAAGUCGCAGUUCGCCUGGCGGGGCGGCGGAAUGGAGAUGCCCUCUGCCGUCGCCUCCUGUUUUCCUUACCGGCUGCAGCGGCAAGCGCCGCCACUGCUGCUCCUGGGUUUGCUGCUGUCUGCCCUUUCCCUGCGGCCAGGACUUGGAUUAUAUACAGUAAACACAGUAUAUGGGGACACCAUUAUUUUGCCUUGCCAUGUAGAAGUUCCUAAUGGUCUUAUGUUUGCAAAAUGGAAAUAUGAAAUUGCAAACACCGCUUCAGAGUUUAUUGCAUUCCGAUCUGCAAAAAAACCAAAUGUACAGUACGACAAUGUACCAGAAUACAAAGACCGAAUAAGUCUUUCUGAAAAUUAUACCCUCUCCAUUAAUAAUGCAAGAAUUGGAGAUGAAAAGAAAUUUGUAUGCAUGCUUGUAACUGAAGACAAUAUCUUUGAAGAGGCCACACUUGUCAAAGUUUUCAAGCAGCCAUCACAGCCUGAAAUUGUAAGUCAAGCAGAGUUUCUAGAAACCGAGCAGCUAAAAAUGCUUGGGGAAUGCAUUACAAAAGAUGGUUAUCCAGCCGGAAACAUAACAUGGUUCAAGAAUGGAGCUAUUUUGCAACAUACUGAAGAAGCUGUUGUCAUAAAUGAACAACAAGAUGUAGAUAAAGCCAGUGGACUCUACACCAUCAAAUCUUCCCUAAAAUAUAAGCCAAUAAAGGAUGACACUGGUGCACAGUUCACCUGCACAGUGACAUAUUUGGGGCCAACUGGACAAGAGAUAAUACGAUCAGAAUCAGCGGUGUUUGACAUUUACUAUCCCACAGAAAAGGUUCAGAUUGAGAUCCUUUCAGAGAGAAAUACCAUUAAGGAAGGUGACAACAUUACCCUAAAAUGUUCAGGAAAUGGUAAUCCUCCACCUCAGGAGUUCUUAUUUUUCAUCCCUGGAGAGCCUGAACCAAUUCAAAGUUCCAGUCUUUAUAUACUGACCGAUGUAAGAAGAAAUGCAACAGGGGAAUACAGAUGUUCUCUGACUGAUGAAAGUUUGAUGGAUUCCACUACAGUUACAGUACAUUAUUUGGAUUUGUCACUUACUCCCAAUGGAGAAGUUAUUAAACAGAUUGGAGAAGCAUUGCCUGUAUCCUGUACAAUUUCUUCCAGUAGAAAUGCUACUGUGUUCUGGCUGAAAGAUAAUAACAGAAUGCGGUCAAGUCCUUCUUUUUCAAGUUUGCAGUACCAAGAUGCAGGAAAUUACAUCUGUGAAACAACUUUACAGGAAGUUGAAGGCUUAAGGAAAAGUCAGAUUCUGACACUGAUAGUACAAGGAAAGCCUCAGAUCAAAAUGUCAAAGAGAACCAGCACAGAUGGAUCGUAUAAAACUAUAGCCUGUCAUGUAGAAGGCUUUCCUAAACCUGCAGUACAGUGGACUAGCAGUGGAGGUGUCAUAAAUAAAACAGAAGAGACUAAAUAUGUCAAUGGAAAAUUUAUUAGUAAAAUCAAAAUUGCUCCUGAAGAGAAUGUUACAUUAACCUGUAUUGCUGAAAAUCUACUAGAAAGAACGGUGACCUCUUUGAAUGUAUCUGCUAUAAGUAUUCCAGAAUCUGAUGAACCAGAAGAAAAAAAUGAUGAUAAUAGGGAAGAUAUUAAUGAUCAGGCAAAAUUAAUAGUGGGAAUCGUGGUUGGUCUUCUUCUAGCAGCAAUGGUUGCAGGUGUUGCUUACUGGCUAUGCAUGAAGAAAUCUAAAUCAGCUUCAAAACAUGUAGAUAAAGAUCUUGGAAAUACAGAGGAAAAUAAAAAGUUAGAAGAAAAUAAUCACAAAUUGGAAGCCUGAAAGACCAAACUAGUUGGUUACCAUUCCAGAAAAUAGACAUAGACCAACUGAAGCAUGAACAUGGAUUAUAUUUAAGAUACAUAUGAAGAUGUGACGGCUUUUCAUGGUUCAAGUAUUACCAGACCAUUAUUUCAAGUUUUCAAAAGAAUAUAUCCAGUUUUCUCAAGCUAAAAAAAUAUCAGCAAAACUAAUUUUGGCAACAGCCGUAAUAAUAGGUCAAAAAUUGUGUUCAGUUUGAAUAUAUAUAUUAUUUUUUUGUAAAUGUCUGCACUGAAGAUUUCUUUUGGUUUGCCUUUAUGUAAAUUUUUUACGUAGCUAUUUUUAUACACUGUAAGGCUUUGUUCUGGGAGUUGCUGGUAAUCUGAUGUAUAGUGUAAUGUUUUUAUUUUCAUUAGUUUUUGCACCCUUUAAAGAGGUACAUUUCUAAUUCUGAUUGCUAUCAGUAAAUCUCCUACUUUGCACAGUGAGUAUUUAAUUUAUAAAACUGCCUUAUGGAAAAAUGAAACAUUUCUUUCUGUUUUUCAAACAUCACUGUUGGAAAAAAAUAUAUUUAAAAAAAUCUGCAAGGGGAAAAAACAGAAAAAAAAAAUCAAACCAACCAACUUUAUAACAUAAUGAAAAUCUGCUAAAUUAUUAAGAACAUGUAGAUAAUUGUCAAAGGGGAAUCAGGUAUUAUUCAAGAUUCAUGUUAUUGUGUAUACUGAUGUCUAUUAUGAAGUAUUUUUAGACAGGAAAAUCUUUUUAUUGAUAGCAUUCUGGAAAACAAUUGUUUUCACGGUUACAUGAUACAUAGUAUGAAUGACUGGAUUAAGAAUUAGUUCAGAAUUUUUUGUUAUCCACUGCCUUAAAAUUACCUUUGUUUUUUUUGUUUUUAAUUUCAAAAGGAAAGAAAAUUAGAUAGAAUUGGAGGAUUGUUUCUUUUUUUAAGUGGUCAUACCUAAGCUGCAUUUUUCCACAAAAUAGAAUAUAUAUAUUUUUGUGUGUGUGUGUGUUUUUGUUAACAACACUACAGAUAUUGCACCUUGAGAUAAUUUUAGUGUUUUUAACUGGUACAUAAUUUAUCAAAAAAUACAGGCAAUUGUAACAAUAAAAUGAAAUCUAUGUAUCUUUAGUUACACUCAAGACUGUAACUUUAUAGACCUGUUUUAUGCUUGAGAAUUUUUUUAGAAAGUUAGCAUAAAAAAGAAACAUUUGGAUAGAUCAGGACAAAUAGUGAUUAGCAACAUUUCCUCUUUUAGCAGAAGACUAGCAUUUGGGAGGACGUAAUAAUAUUUUUUGAUAUCGGCAGGAAGAUAGUAUUAGAAUAAACAUCAGGUUUGGUUUACAGAUUUAUGAGCCUGGGAAACAGGAUGAGUCUGUAGCUUGGGAAGUUAUUUAGAAGAGAAAUGAAGGUGGAAAUUAGGAAAGGUAUUUUGCCACAUAGGAGGAAAAAAAAACUGUUGUGAAUUUGUAAAAUGUUAAAUGUCUGGGCAGUAAUGACUAAUGUAUUAAAUAAAAUCUUCCUAUAAUGUAUUGGCAUGGAUUAAAUACAUGAAAUGUUCUAGAAAUUCAAUACUGUAUAAAAAUAUUACAGCAGAAUCCUGUUAAAAGUCCUCUCUGCACUGGUUAAGGCUUUAUUUGGCAAUGGAACAACAACAAAUCUUGAUAAAUGUUAAACCAAAGUUAAAAGGGGGAUAAAACCAAAGUCUUGUGUUCUAUAUGGCUAAGCCAUUUAUGAAAACUUUGUAAAUACUGUGAUUUUUCUUUUUCUCCUUUUCCUUUUUUAGAAUUUGUUUACAAUAAUUCUAAAAUUUUUAAGCACCUGUUUUCCAAAAUAAAAUGUGAACACACGCAAAAAAUAUUAUAUAUAAUUUGUUUUGAUGUGAAGCCAUCACUACGUAUAAGAGAAAAUUCAACUGAUAUUAGUAUAGGAAAGAGAAAAAAAAAGAUUUAAAGUGCUACAUCAUGGCCUUGGAAAAUAUGAAAUACAAAAAUAAAUACAAAAGUAUUCCCAUUUAGGAAAGGAGAUCUCUUUGGUCUAUUAAUAACAAAAUAAACUUAAUCACACAACUGACCAUACUUGAAAUGAAACUGAAAGAGAAAAAAAUGGAAGUGUUUAAAUUCUGCAUCCAGUGUCACCAUGAGAAAGGACUAAAACUCUCACAUUUCAAAAUUCUACUUACCAAUGUUAUUUGGGGGGGGGGGGUCCGCUUUACUGUUCAGAAUUCAUACUAAACAUGUUACAGAAAUCUACAGUACAAAUUAAAUGUUGCCGUUAAUGCCUGAAAGACAAUAAAAGUGAAGUAUGUUUUCACA